CGAUCCGAUAUGUGAAAUAAAUCCCCGGCGCAGCUACACAAUCGGCCAUUUUGUCGGUGCAGGCCAUCAGCCGCAGAGGGCAGAGGGGCGUAUAGUCUUUACUAGUUACCUGGAAGACACAUCAAGAACAUCGCAAUAUGAACGAUACACUUGUUUCAUUCGCCAAGGAUUUCUUGGCCGGUGGUAUUUCUGCUGCCAUCUCCAAAACAGCCGUCGCCCCUAUUGAGAGAGUGAAGCUUCUCCUUCAGGUCCAGCAUGCCAGUAAGCAGAUCACAGCUGAUAAGCAGUACAAGGGUAUCAUGGACUGCGUUGUCCGUAUUCCCAAGGAGCAGGGAUUCCUUUCCUUCUGGAGAGGUAACCUUGCCAAUGUCAUCAGAUAUUUCCCCACCCAGGCCCUCAACUUUGCCUUCAAGGACAAGUACAAGAAGGUCUUCCUUGAUGGCGUCGACAAGCGCACGCAGUUCUGGAGGUACUUUGCUGGCAACCUGGCCUCUGGUGGUGCUGCUGGAGCCACCUCCCUCUGUUUCGUGUACCCCCUUGACUUCGCCCGUACCCGCCUGGCAGCUGAUGUGGGAAAGGCAGGAGCUGGGAGAGAGUUCUCAGGUCUGGGUGACUGCCUGGUUAAGAUCUUCAAGUCUGACGGCUUGAAAGGAUUGUACCAGGGCUUCAAUGUGUCUGUGCAGGGCAUCAUUAUCUACAGGGCUGCAUACUUCGGCAUCUAUGAUACAGCUAAGGGAAUGCUUCCAGACCCCAAAAACACCCACAUUGUGGUGAGCUGGAUGAUUGCACAGACUGUGACAGCCGUUGCUGGCCUGACCUCAUACCCCUUCGAUACUGUCCGUAGACGUAUGAUGAUGCAGUCCGGACGUAAAGGAGCUGAAAUCAUGUACACCGGGACCAUUGAUUGCUGGCGCAAGAUCGCACGCGAUGAGGGUGGUAAGGCUUUCUUCAAGGGAGCCUGGUCCAACGUGCUCAGAGGCAUGGGCGGCGCCUUUGUGCUGGUGUUGUACGAUGAGCUGAAGAAGGUCCUCUAAAUCUUCAUUGUCACAUCACUGUCCAAUUUGGCUAAAUGUAAUAACUUUCCAUUUCUACGGACUCUGCGUUCUGCCUUAUUUAUGGGAACAAACUUCUCACCAAUAGUGAGAGAUGGCUGUACGUUGUGCAUCUUUGAUUUUAAAACGUUCCACACCCUGUUUACCAAUGUCAUUCCUGUUUAAAAAGAAAUAUGAUACCUCCUCCUGUCAUUCACUAGGUUUGUAUGGUCCCAACUUGAAUAAAUUUAUUCUGGGGAACAAACUAAACAA